AUGAUCGCCAACAUGACGGAGUGGGAGUCGCGCUGCAAAGAGGUUGCAUCGGACCUAGAGGCGGAGAUCGUGCGCGUCAAGAGCGAGGCCGCGAAGCGCGCUGCGCGCGAGAAGGCGCACAGCGGUGCCCUUGCGGAGGCUAUGGAGAGGAGGCAUGCUGCGGAGGCGGGGAAGAAGAGUGGUCGGCGUGUUGGCGGGAGUAAGAGGGAUGCGGAUGAUAUUGAUGAGGAUGAUGGGUUCUUCGAUGAUCGGGAGCAGGGGUCCCGGAUGGAUAUCGAUGAGGCGCCUGGUGCUCGUGCGGGGAGUAGUCGGCAACCCAAGAGGGUGUUGGGACGGAAGUCUUGA